AUGGCGGGUCGGACACAGCUGGCUCCAACCUUUCGGGAUAUCCUCGAUGAUUCGAUCACAAAAGUUGCGGAAGUCUACUGGGCUCCGUACAAUCAAAACAAGAAGGAAUUCGACGUGAAAGUCAUCGAACUCAUUUAUCAAAAUGAUCUGCUCCACACACGUUUUAACAUCAAGCGAACCAUGCUUCUUGAGUUCUCACAGUACCUAGAACGAUAUCUCUGGCCUAACUACAAGCCAGAAACCUCCAACUAUGCUUAUGUAAUGUCAAUCGCUGUCAUGGUCAAUGAAAAGUUCCGUGAGGCCGUUCCCGCUUGGGAUUGUUUCCAAGACAAUCCGAAGAUGUUUGGUCAUUUCUUCGAGCAAGUGAUGAAAAUGUUGCUUGACAAUCGAAAUGUCUCUCUUCUGGAAAGAAUGAUCUUGAUCAUCUUCCUUGAUCACGCGUUCAACUCUCUCGAAGUUGACUGCAUCAGAGACGUUGUUCAGCAAACACUUCUAUUAUCCUCCUGGAUCUCUUUGCACAAAUCUCUACUGGAUGAAAAGUUGAAGUCGAAUGAAAAGCUGAAAAAAUAUUGGCGGGGCAUCCAAAAGAAAGACAAAAAGCUUGACGAGAUCGAACUCCAACGAGCGCAUUUCUUCAGAACGUUCUUGAAGAGCCUCAUCGAAAGCUAUCUGCAGGUCCUUGAAGAGAUCCCAGAAACUGGUGAAAUCUCAAAAGAUCACGUGUCGUACUGCGAAAGGUUCAUGGAAUUGAUGGUUGACAUGAUUGCUCGGUUGCCCACUCGAAGAUGGUUUCACUUGAUUCUACAGUCGACGCAUAUGAUCGCGCACUCUGAUCUUUCAGCGCUUGCUCGUCGGCGCGAAGGUCUACUCUUCAAUCAGCUCAAAGAGAUGGUCAAGUUUUACGACACCUUCGAAGUCGAUGACCUAAAAGGAACAGCACUCACUGAUCGCGAAAACAACGCCAUCCAUUACGACAGAAUUCACGCUCUUCAGAAAGAAAUCUUCAAGCGUUUUCCAGCCGAGGAUCACCCUGAACUGCGUCGAUUCGCGUUGUCAAACGUAGGCAAUGUUGAUAAAUCCGGACCACUUCGAAAGGCGCUUCAAUUUAUGCAAGAAGACGACCUUAUCCAUCUUGCUAUCGGUCUCAAUCUAAUCCCAGAGUCAGUUGAAGAAGGUGAAAUCGAUCCUGUCUUUACGAAAGAGUUUUUGGUUCACUUGCUCGUCAACACUUACUCGCGGAGGCCACCAAAGCUCGACCAGUUCAACGCCCAGCCUCUCUACCCAACUGAAGAUCUUCUUUGGGACGAAAACAUAAUGAACACCGAGUACUACACCGGUCUCCAGUGCCUCGCCCUCCCAAAACUUGGAAUCCAGUUCCUUACCCUUCACGAUUAUUUGGUUCGAAACUACAAUUUAUUUCGUUUGGAGUCGACUUACGAGAUUAGGCUUGAGAUCGAAGAUCAAAUCGCUCGCAUGAAGCCGUGGCGUGGUGAUGAUGGAGCCUGUGUGUUCGGUGGUUGGGCUCGAAUGUGCCUCCCUCUUCAGACAUUUUCGAUUGUUGAAGUUGCCCGACCUCUUCUUGGUGAAGUGAGACCAAGAUCUGUCCGAGCUGAUAUUGUGAUUGAUGUCGAUCUCCGACGAGACAUGCGAAAUGAGUGGGAAGGUCUGAAAAAGCACGAUAUCAUUUUCCUGAUGACUAUCCGACCCAAGCUGCCAUACGGAACACCAUUCGAUCGAACAGUGAACUUCCUCCACCAAUAUGGCGUUGAAUAUGUCAGAGGAGCCGAAGUCGAAGGUUAUCUCGACGAAGAAGGCCGAGUCAUCGAAGACUGGAUCGAAAAGCCUCAUUUUGUUGGCAAUCAGCGAACACUUCGAGUCUGGCUCGAUACAAACCAGUACCACGCCGACAUGACGAAUACUCUUCAGAAAGGAAACGAAGAUGUCUACAAGACAUUCAACUUGAUGUUCCGCCGAAAACCAAAAGAAAAUAACUUCAAGGCUGUGCUUGAAACUAUCCGUGACCUGAUGAAUACAAAAUGCGUCGUCCCUAGCUGGAUUCAGAAUAUCCUUCUUGGAUACGGUGAUCCUGCGAUGGCUCAUUACACGAGAAUGGAAAAUCAAAAGCGUACACUUGAUUUUAGGGAUACAUUUUUGGAUUGGCAUCAUCUCCGUGCUUCAUUCCCAGACUACAAGGUUGAAAUUGAAGGUGGCGAGGAUCAACGUCAUCAGUCACUUGAUCCGCCGUACUUGCUCACAUUCCCGCCUCAGAAGCCAGAGACCGAUGACGAAGCUGUUACCAUCUCUGUCAAGAGUUACACCAAGCCAAACAGAGGCCCUUAUCCGCAAUCUCAGCCGAAAACGAAUUCCGUUCCUUUCACGCCAACUCAAAUUGAAGCUAUCCGCGCGGGAAUGCAGCCAGGCCUCACGAUGAUCGUUGGUCCUCCAGGUACUGGAAAGACUGAUGUCGCUGUUCAAAUCAUCUCAAACAUCUACCACAACUUCCCUGACCAGCGAACGGUUAUCGUCACUCAUUCCAAUCAGGCCUUGAAUCAGCUUUUCGAAAAAAUCAUGCAUUUGGAUAUUGAUGAACGUCACUUGCUCCGUCUCGGCCAUGGUGAAGAGAUGUUGGAGACUGAGAAGGACUUCUCUCGAUAUGGAAGAGUUAACUACGUUCUCCAGCAGCGUCUUGCUCUAUUGAAGGAGGUCAACAGAAUGCAACAGAGCUUGGGAGUGCAGGGAGAUGUCAGUUACACUUGUGAAACAGCUGGUCACUUUUACUUGUACCAAGUGCUUUCUCGCUGGGAGAAAUUCGAAGAUGACAUCAAAAACUUCCAAGAAGCUGUCCUCGAAAAGAAGGAAGAGUUCUCAGUAUCCAAAAUCGGCGAUUCCUUCCCAUUCCAUGUGUUCUUUUCUAACGCUCCACAACCCCUGUUCAAGGGAGAAGACUGGGAAGAAGACAUGGAGGUUGCAAAUGGCUGCUGGUGGCACAUCAAGAACAUAUUCGAACAACUCGAGGAGUUCCGAGCGUUUGAACUUCUCCGAACAGGCCUCGAUCGAACUAGAUACUUGCUAGUCAAAGAAGCUAAAAUCAUUGCCAUGACUUGUACUCACGCCGCACUCAAACGAAAAGAACUCGUCGAUUUAGGUUUCAAGUUCGACAACAUCAUUAUGGAAGAGUCGGCCCAGAUCUUGGAAAUCGAGACUUUCAUCCCUCUCUUGUUACAGAACCCCGAAGACGGCUUCAAUCGACUUAAACGAUGGAUUAUGAUUGGUGACCAUCAUCAGCUUCCACCUGUCAUCAAAAAUCAAGCGUUCCAAAAGUACUCAAAUAUGGAGCAAUCCCUAUUUACGCGAUUUGUCCGUCUUGGUGUGCCGAUUAUUCAGUUGGAUAUGCAAGGUCGUGCACGACCCACUAUCUGUGAAUUAUACAAUUGGCGAUACGAAAAGCUGGGCAAUUUGCCUCAUACUUCCACUUGGCCCGAGUUUAGAAAGGCGAAUGCCGGCCUUGUUUGGGACUAUCAGCUCAUUGAUGUUGGCGAUUUCAACGGAGUGGGAGAAUCCGAGCCUUCGCCAUACUUCUAUCAGAACUUGGCCGAAGCUGAAUACAUCGUCGCAACAUUCAUGUACAUGCGACUUUGUGGGUAUCCAGCUGAGAAGAUCUCUAUCCUGACCACUUACAACGGUCAGAAGCAUCUCAUCAGAGAUGUCAUCGAGAAUCGAUGUGCAAACAACCCAAUGAUCGGGCGACCAGCGAAGGUCACAACUGUUGAUCGCUUCCAAGGUCAGCAGAAUGACUUCAUUCUUCUUUCCCUCGUUAGAACAAAGACGGUUGGCCACAUUCGAGAUGUUCGACGACUUAUCGUCGCCAUGUCUCGUGCUCGUCUUGGUCUCUACAUCUUCGGAAGAAUCGGUCUGUUCCAGAACUGCUUCGAACUUGGACCCUCUCUUAGACUUCUUACGGCUAGGCCGACCAAUCUCAUGGUUGCACCAGAGGAAAUCUAUCCAGCUGUCAGACCGUUCGGAAAAGCUCCAAAAGAAAGACCGAUUUCCAUCCCUGGUAUGUCUGCGAUGCACAAGUUGGUUUACAAGAUGUACCUCGAGAAGAUCGAAGCGAUGGAGAAAGACAAAGAUGAGAUGCUCAAGUUGAUCGCCGAUCCGAACGACGAGUUCGAAGACGAAGGGGAGGAAGGAGACGAAGAAGCUGGCGAGGAAAACGGCGACACUAACAUGGCAACUGGCGAAGCUGAUGAAGUCAUCCAAAACGAGGUAGAAGAACCGAUCCCAAAGAAGCACCAAAAACCUGCUGAAGCUGCCGAAACAGCUGAGAAAAUGGAUGAGAGUUAA